AUGCUGCAACGUUGCAAACUGCGAAGGAUCAAGAGAUCAGGCAACGACCUCAGCCAGUGGGCCUCACAUACGCACCACGCAAAGCAAGGUACCAAAGGCAAGGGAAGCACAUGCGCCUGGGCCGAAUCGUACCUACGGGCACACGGCAAGAGGACGGGGUUCCCCGAUAAGACAGGUCUAUACACCUCGCCUCAUCUCGUCUGCCCCGAGGAGCGCGUCCGCAUAGACUUCGAGCCGCUGUGCAAAGGGGAGUUUGCCAGGUACUUCUUCGAAGUGUGGAGUUGCCUCGUGGAGCGGAACGAUGAAAAGAUCAAUGCGCUGCCCCGGUACCACCAGCUCCUUCUUAUUGUAGCCUUGCACGCCUUCAUCAGCGAGGGGGUAGAAGCAGCCAUCAUCGAGACCCACCACGGGGGCGAGUACGACGCCACGAAUGUCAUCAGCCGCCCCGUCGUGACCGUGAUCACCUCCCUCGGCAUGGACCACGUCGAGCAGCUCGGCCCGACGAUCGAGAACAUAGCCUGGCAUAAAUCUGGCAUCUUUAAGAAUGGCGCGCAUGCGUUCUCCGCCCCUCAGGAGUCAGCCUCCGCCGCCGAGGUCCUGCGCCAUCGUGCGGCAGAUAAUGGGGUGCCCAUCCAGUUCGUGAGCGCGGACGAGUCACUGCUUCCGGCAGGGCCGCCCCGAUUCCAUCCGCCGGUUCAGGUGCUUAAUUGCUCGGUCGCCCUGGCUGCUGCGCGCGACUUCUUGAGACAAAGGGCCCCGAGGGUGAGUUCCCAGGGUAGCGACAUCCUCAACGAAGAUGACAUUCAGCGGGCGGUAGAGGGUUUCUCGUGGCCAGGCCGGUUUCAAGUGGUUGUCGAAGAGAACCACGAAUGGUUUCUCGACAGCGCGCACAAUGAGAUGAGCGUCAGCAAGGCAUCCGGAUGGUUCAUUGAAAGUAUCUCUGGAGACGCUGGACCGAGCUUGGGAGAGAAACCCAAGCGCGCUCUGAUAUUCGGCCAGUCGCACAACAACAACAGGGAUCCUGUCUCGGUUUUGGACAGUCUAGCCGUCUGUCUCAAGCCGAUUCACUUCGACAAAGUUAUCUUCACUCUGAGCUAUGACAGAGAUCAGCUUUACCAGGCGCGCCGCCAAGACACUGGGCCAGAAGAUGGUGAGCUUUUGGGAAGCUUCGAGAAAACCUGGCGGAAGCACUAUCCCGACUCCGAUGUUGUGCAAGUUGGAGACGUGGAGCAGGCUAUGACAACGGCCAGGGAUUCCUCUGCCGGUGCUGGUGGUCGCACGCAGACGCUCAUCACAGGAUGUCUACUAUUGGUUGGAGAGGCACUUUCUGUUUUGAAUGGGGGAACUGUCGUCUAG